ACGUAGGCUACGUACGGUGGAGAGAGCUUAUUUCCGCUUCCGGUUACAGAGUGUCCUUGUCCUUUAGCAGCGGCUAGUGAGAAGAGAGGAUGGGUAGCAUGUUCCGCAAUGUCCUGGCCCUCCGUCAGAUCUCCCAGAGAUCCCUAACUACUUCUACUCGGAAGUCGGUGCAAAACCGGGUUGCAGAAAAGCAGAAGCUCUUUCAGGAAGAUAAUGGUGUUCCGGUCCAUCUAAAAGCAGGCCUUAGUGAUGCGUUAUUGUACAGAUUGACCAUGCUGCUCACGGUUGUUGGAGCUGGUUAUAGUAUAUAUGAAAUCGGCAAAGCUUCACUCCCCCGGAAGAAAUGAUUCCAUGUUAAAUUUGAAUUCCGUUGGCUUCAAUGUGAUGCAUCAGGGAUUGUUCUUUCCUUGUCAUAAAGAUUUGUCAAAACUGUGGGAACAAUAUUUAUUAAAAUGUACUGUAUAAACUGCUAGAAAUAAAGCAGUUUUGCAUUACUA